CUGCAUCUACCUUGCAGCAAGAGCAGGAGGUCGGGAGCGCGCAGAGUCGAGGAGAGCGCCUGCGCAGUACGAGAAGCGGAGGGUCCUGUACAGCGGCGUGCCCUGCAGCCCGUUCCUGUAGCGUUGCAUUUCUCCUGGUUACCAGAACAAUGAGCCCAGUGCCUGCGAGCCAGCCGGAGUCCUAGCUGCGUGCCUAUGGCGCAUGCUCGUGGCUACACAGGGCAAGCGGCACACUGACACAGAGGGUGACGGGGCACACAAGUUGCACAGCAUUGGUACACUCAGGGCACCGUGCCCGCGCCUGGCACCGCUCAGGACUGGAGGGAAGAGCCCGGCUCCGCUGACAGCAGCACACAGAGGGGGCUUGUACACAAAGACAGCACGGAGGAGGAGGAGGAGGGAGGCAGUCCACACAGGAGCUCUGUCACCAGGAGGGAUGUGUGUCUUCCCCUGAUCCACAAACACGGCCAUCACAACACUGGAGACAUGUGGGUACCCACGGAGCACGAGAAGUACGGCGUGGUGAUUGCAAGCUUUCGAGGAACAAAUCCACAUGGUUUAACACUGGAGAUUGGGGACACAGUUCAAAUAUUAGAAAAAUAUGACGGUUGGUACAGAGGAUUUGCAUUAAAGAACCCCAAUGGCAAGGGCAUUUUUCCUGCAAGCUUUGUACAUAUCAAGAACGCAUCAGUAAAAAACAAAGGGCAGUUUGAAAUGGUAGUACCAACAGAAGAUGCGGUCAUCACAGAGAUGACGUCUACCCUCAGAGACUGGGGCACCAUGUGGAAGCAGCUAUAUGUGAAGAAUGAAGGUGAUCUUUUCCACCGCCUCGGUCACAUAAUGAAUGAGAUCCUGGAUCUGCGCAGACAAGUGCUAGUGGGGCACUUGACUCACGAUCGAAUGAAUGAUGUAAAACGCCACAUUACAGCCCGUCUGGACUGGGGAAAUGAGCAGUUGGGACUGGAUUUGGUUCCUAGAAAAGAAUUUGCCAUGGUGGAUCCAGAAGACAUUAGUGUUACUGAAUUAUACCGAUUGAUGGAACACAGACACAGAAAAAAGGACACCCCAGUACCAGCAAGUACUCACCAUCUCUUUGUGCAGAUGAAAAGUUUAAUGUGCUCCAACCUAGGAGAAGAAUUAGAAGUGAUAUUCUCACUUUUUGACAGUAAAGAAAAUCGACCAAUAAGUGAACGCUUCUUUGUAAGGCUGAAUAGGAAUGGGCUGCCUAAAUCUCCAGAGAAGACAGAACGAUACAGUUCCCUCUUUGUUGACUUGAGUUCAAGUGACCUUCGGAAAGACAUUUUCAUCACUGUACAUAUUAUCAGAAUUGGCCGAAUGGGCGCAGGUGAAAAGAAGAAUCCCUCAAACGUGCAAUAUCGACGGCCUUUUGGUUGUGCGGCUCUCAGUAUUGCUGACCUUCUGACUGGAGAAUCAAAAGAUGACCUCAUUUUAAAAGUAUACAUGUGCAACACUGAAAGUGAUUGGUAUCAAAUCCAUGAAAAUAUUAUCAAGAAAAUGAAUGCUCGCUAUAACCUUACAGGCUCAAAUACAGGCCUGGCAGUUUCCCUUCAGCUGCUGCAUGGAGACCUUGAGCAAAUUAGAAGAGAUUACUCCUCGGUGUUCACUCGUGGGGUCUCGAUAACAAGAAAGCUUGGCUUUUCAGAUGUCAUUAUGCCUGGUGAAAUGAGGAAUGACUUGUACAUCACUAUAGAAAAAGGGGAGUUUGAAAAAGGUGGCAAAAGUGUUGCAAGAAAUGUACAAAUUACAAUGGUGAUUGUGAACAGUGAAGGACAUGUUUUAAAGGAUUAUAUAUCUUUUGGUUCAGGAGAACCCACAGCACAUGAGUAUCAUUCCUUUGUGUUAUAUCACAACAACAGUCCCAGGUGGUCAGAAUUAUUAAAGCUUCCCGUUCCUGUGGAUAAAUUCAGAGGAGCACAUAUCCGAUUUGAAUUUCGUCAUUGUUCUACAAAAGAGAAGGGCGAGAAAAAAUUAUUUGGCUUUUCGUUCAUACCACUAAUGCAAGAAGAUGGCCGAACGUUUCCAGAUGGUACCCACGAGCUCAUUGUUCAUAAGUGUGAAGAGAACACCGUUUUCCAGGAUUCCUGCCGCUACCUCAAACUCCCAUUUUUGAAAGGAAAUCAACAUGGAAAUAAUAAUCAAGCAGUUAAAAGUACAAAAGAGUCUUUUUGGAUAACCUCAUUCCUUUGUUCAACCAAGCUGACACAAAAUGGGGAUAUGUUGGAUCUAUUGAAAUGGCGAAUGCAUCCAGAUAAAAUCCCAGGCAGCUUGUCCAAAUUAAAGGAAAUUGAUGGUUCAGAAAUUGUUAAGUUUCUUCAAGAUACACUGGAUACUUUAUUUGGUAUUUUAAAUGAAAGUUCUCAGAAAUAUGCAUCAAAGGUAUUCGAUUGCUUGGUACACAUAAUUAACUUGCUACAGGACAGCAAAUUUCAACACUUUAAGCCAGUAAUGGACACUUACAUAGAAGGGCAUUUCUCUGGUGCUCUUGCUUAUAGAGACCUCGUAAAAGUGCUGAAAUGGUAUGUGGACCGAAUAAUUGAAGCUGAGAGACAAGAGCAUAUCCAGGAGGUAUUAAAGGCCCAAGAAUACAUCUUUAAAUAUAUUGUUCAGUCUCGAAAGCUGUUUGCUUUUGCAACAGGAGGACAGAAUGAGGAGGAAUUUAGGUGUUCUAUUCAAGAACUUUUGAUGUCAAUUCGUUUCUUCCUAUCCAAAGAAAGCAAGGGAGCUAGUGCUUUAUCCCAGUCUCAGGCUGUGUUUCUGAAUUCUUUCCCAGCUGUUUACUCUGAGAUGCUGAAACUAUUUGAUGUUCGGGAAGUGGCAAAAAUGGUGCACGAUACCCUGGGCAGUCUGCCAAAAGUCAUGCACGCAGAUGAUGCGCUUCAAGAUGUAAAACUUCAGUGUAUUGCAAAAUCAGUGGAGAGUGAGCUGUACAGCAAUCCAGAGUCCCGUUUUAUACUCCUCCCUAUUGUCCUCCACCACCUCCACAUACAUCUGCAGGAGCAUAGAGAUCUUGUAAUGUGCGCACGUAUCCUUAGCAACAUGUUUUGUCUAAGCAGGAAAAGCAGCUCAGAAAAGUGUGCCAUGAAGGAAAUUGAUGUGAUUGUUAACAGUCUGCUGGACGUUUUACUGAGGACAAUUUUGGAGAUUACAAGUCGGCCUCAGCAGUCAGGCACAGCAAUGAGGCUACAGUUUCAAGAUGUGACUGGGGAGUUUGUGGCAUCUUUGCUCUCUCUGUUGAGACAAAUGACAGACAGACAUUACCAACAACUUCUUGAGAGCUUCAACACCAAGGAAGAACUAAGGGAUUUUUUGCUGCAGAUCUUCACUGUAUUUCGGAUACUUAUAAGACCUGAAAUGUUUCCUAAAGACUGGACUGUGAUGCGUUUUGUUGCCAACAAUGUUAUUAUUACAACAGUACUGUAUCUUUCGGAUGCAUUGCGGAAGAACUUUUUGAAUGAGGGCUUUGACUAUAAGAUUUGGGAUUCAUACUUUUACCUUGCAGUUAUUUUCAUAAACCAGACAUGUCUGCAGUUGGAAAUGUUUACCCCUUCCAAGAUGAAAAAGGUCCUUGAAAAGUAUGGCGACAUGCGUGUGACAAUGGGCUGUGAAAUCUUCAGUAUGUGGCAGAAUUUAGGUGAACACAAGUUGCACUUUAUCCCAGCCUUAAUUGGUCCAUUCCUGGAGGUAACCCUGAUACCUCAGCCAGACUUGCGGAAUGUUAUGAUCCCCAUUUUCCACGACAUGAUGGACUGGGAGCAGAGACGAAGUGGCAACUUUAAACAGGUUGAAGCAAAGCUAAUUGACAAAUUGGACAGCCUGAUGUCUGAAGGACGAGGUGACGAAACCUACCGGGAGCUCUUCAACAGCAUAAUUCCUCUGUUUGGGCCAUAUCCUAGCUUAUUAAAAAAAAUCGAACGGGAAACAUGGAGAGAAAGUGGUGUAUCGUUAAUUGCCACUGUAACACGACUGAUGGAGAGACUGCUGGACUACAGGGACUGCAUGAAGAUAGGGGAAGUAGAUGGAAAGAAGAUUGGGUGCACGGUUAGUCUAUUGAAUUUUUAUAAAACGGAGUUGAACAAAGAAGAAAUGUAUAUACGGUAUAUUCACAAACUGUAUGACCUGCACAUGAAAGCGCAGAAUUACACAGAGGCAGCCUACACCCUUUUACUGUAUGAUGAGUUAUUGGAAUGGUCUGACCGGCCACUUAGAGAGUUUCUAAGCUAUCCAAUGCAAACAGAAUGGCAAAGAAAAGAGUACCUUCAUAUGACCAUCAUCCAAAAUUUUGACAGAGGGAAAUGCUGGGAGAAUGGAAUUAUACUCUGCAGGAAACUUGCUGAACAGUAUGAAAACUACUAUGACUACAGGAAUCUCAGCAAAAUGAGGAUGAUGGAAGCUUCUUUGUAUGAUAAAAUAAUGGACCAGCAACGUUUGGAGCCUGAAUUCUUCCGUGUUGGUUUUUAUGGGAAAAAAUUCCCAUUUUUCUUAAGAAACAAAGAGUUUGUUUGUCGAGGCCAUGACUAUGAGAGACUGGAGGCCUUCCAGCAGCGCAUGCUAACAGAAUUCCCACAUGCCAUUGCAAUGCAACAUGCCAACCAGCCUGAUGAAACGAUAUUCCAAGCAGAAGCACAAUAUUUACAGAUUUAUGCCGUCACGCCAAUCCCUGAAAGCCAGGAGGUUCUACAAAGAGAGGGUAUUCCUGACAACAUUAAAAGCUUUUACAAAGUGAAUCAUAUCUGGAGGUUUCGCUAUGAUAGACCUUUUCACAAGGGCACAAAGGACAAGGAGAAUGAAUUCAAGAGUCUUUGGGUAGAACGAACCGCUUUGACAUUGGUGCAGAGUUUGCCUGGUAUAUCACGAUGGUUUGAAGUUGAAAAACGUGAAGUGGUGGAAAUGAGUCCCUUGGAAAAUGCCAUUGAAGUCUUGGAAAACAAGAAUCAGCAGCUGCGAACUUUGAUUAGUCAGUGUCAGACGCGGCAGAUGCAGAACAUUAACCCACUGACAAUGUGUCUGAAUGGCGUUAUUGAUGCUGCGGUUAAUGGAGGAGUUUCUAGGUAUCAAGAGGCAUUCUUUGUGAAGGAGUACAUCUUCAACCAUCCUGAAGAUGGAGAUAAGAUAUCACGUCUGAGAGAACUAAUGCUUGAACAGGCUCAGAUUUUAGAAUUUGGUUUAGCAGUUCAUGAGAAAUUUGUGCCCCAAGAUAUGAGACCUUUACACAAAAAGAUGGUGGAUCAGUUCUUUGUACUCAAGUCAAGUCUGGGAAUACAGGAUUUCUCUGCCUGUGUACCGCCCAGUCCUGUCAGUUUCCCAAAUGGAAGCCCUUGCAUACCUAGAAACUCUGCACCUGCCAUUAUGGGUCCAGAGGCUUUACGUGUGGUUCCUAGACGAAGUCCUUUAAGUUAUCCAGCUGUAAAUAGAUACUCUUCAUCCUCGCUCUCAUCACAAGCCUCAGCAGAAGUUAGCAAUUUAACAGGACAGUCUGAAAGUUCUGAUGAAGUCUUUCACAUGCAGCCUAGUCCAUCUACCUCAAGUCUGAGUUCUACACAUUCUGCCUCCCCCAAUGUUACAAGUUCUGCUCCAUCAAGUGCAAGAGCUUCCCCACUGUUGUCUGACAAACACAAGCAUUCCAGAGAAAAUGCCUGCCUGUCCCCAAGAGAGAGACCCUGCAGUGCCAUAUUUCCUAUCCCUGCUGAACCUCCCCAGAGAGUGUUAUUUAAUCACAUUGGAGAAAAUACCUUGCCUCGGAGUGACCCAAAUCUUUCUGCGCCAGAUAAAGCAGUGAAUACCACCCCGAGCAGUUGGAGCUUGGACAGCGGGAAAGAAGCCAAAAAUAUGUCAGAGUGUGGAAGGCUUAUAACUCCUCCUGUGCCGCCCAGGCCCACUCAGGCUGCUUCUCCAGCUAGAAAUGUGGCUGCUAUAUCUCCUUGUAUGAUGGGGAGGUCUCCAGUAAAGGGCCCGAUGCAUUCAUUUACUCCAUCUCCUGUGGACUGCCAUCCAUCAAGCAUGAUGUCUAAUUCUCCAGUGCUGUCAGGAAGCUGCAGUAGUGGCAUUUCUUCCCUGAGUCGGUGCAGCAUUUCUGAGAUGUCAGGUUUUGAGAGUCAAAUCUUUGAUCAGACAGUAACUACAUCCAGUUAUGGCAUAUCAGAGGAGCCAACUAGAAAAGAAAACAAGACUCCACCACCUUACAGCGUGUAUGAACGGACUUUGAGGCGUCCUGUACCUGUACCUCAGUGUCUUUCCAUACCCGCCCCUAUUGAUCCUCCAGCUUUGCCACCCAAACCAGGCCCAGUACGUCCAACAAGCCUGGAGAAUGGCAAAAGGACUGAUCCACUGCCACGGCCUAGGCCUUUCCCACGGAAAGUGUCACAGUUGUAACACAAUUACUGUUUCCUUUUGCUGUGAAAUAAACUGUCUUUUUUUUCCGCUAGAAAAAUUAACCUCUAGAGGUCCUUUGCUGAAGAGACAGCUGCAGAAUGGGUAUAUACACUUAAUGAAAGUGUGGGCACUUUAAUUGUUUACUAUUUGUUUCCCUUAAUUAAGGAAGUAAAGCUUUUGUUUUUUAUUAUUGUUUUGCACAAUAUUAUAGUGGUAUUAAUUCAGGAUUAACUUGACAAAUGGCACUUUUUUUGGUCAGAUAGAAACAGGAAGCACAAACAGUCUGUUGGUAUGCGCUGUUUCUGGAUUACAAAUUCAUGAAAUAUCAUGUUAAUUUUUAACUGGGUUCUUUAUUGUUUUUAUAAAUAUAAAUAUAUAUUAAUAUUUAUAUUUAUACAUAUAGCUUUUAUUUGAAGAGUAGAUUAUGUUUUUUUUAUUAUUAUUAUUUAAGAAGAUACAGUAUUGAUGUUUUAACUUUCAUGUCAGCCAACAAUUCCAAAUUUGUUGUAUAUGCUAACUUUAAAUUCUAUAAUAUAGGUGUUAUUUUAAUGUCCCAGUUAAUAUAUUGCUUUUCAGGUUGUUUUUAUAAACACAGCACUCUCUUUCAUUUUCCUAAAUUAAUAAGGGAUUUUAACUUGUAUAUGUAUUAUGUAUAUAGUUUUCUGAUCAGUUGCGAUAAUUUAUCUUCCAUAUUUUGUGAAUUUUGUAUAUGCAGAGAAAAUGUUGUUGCUUUAUUAACACAACGGGGUGAGGUCUGAUAAUUGCAUGCAUUGGUCAGAGCAGGAAAAGCACAUUUCUAAUGAAUGCAUGUUUUAAUGCUGCCAUCAUUGUGCUUGUAGGCUCUCUACAAGCUAUUCAUUUUACACAAUACUCAUUUGUCUUUGUUAUGGUAGAUAUGGCAUGCAAGUUGCUUUAGUGGUUCUGUAAUGCAAAAUAUUUUCCCACAUCAUUGUUUAGCUUUGGAUUUUUGAUUGACGACAUUCAUAAAUAGUUCUAAACAAUGGGUGAGAUUUAGAUUGAUCAAGUAUGACGGAUUGCACUCCAUUUUCAUGGAUGGAGAGGUUUCCUGGCCUGCCAAUUAUUUUAAGCCAGGAUUAAAUGGGUUUUUAGCCAACCCAAAACCAGCCAUUUCCAUCUCCUCUGCCACAUAUAAGCCAGGAUCAUGUUGCAGACAAAGCGACAUUGGUCACAGAGUAUUUUGGACAGCACUACCCUAAACAAUGUAGACUUUGCCAUUUAAAACAUUUGUUUAAACAGCUGUAGCAAAUUUCUCUUUUUUUUUUUUUUGGAGUGGAUUUAUUUUUACUUGAACUGGAAAGCAACUUUGUAUAAAAGUAGCAAAUAAUGCAGUCCUGAAGUCCUGUAUACAUCAUAUGCUAUAGCAGCGCUCCUAUCAGUCUUUUUUUACUUGACCGGCAUCCAUAUAAUAAAUGGUAUAUGAGAAAGAAGGAUGAGAAUGGUGAAUACAGUUCUGAGAAUAGAUAGUGAUCCUAGUAGAUGUUAAUCCGUGCAGCAGUCCACCCAGGUUCACCACACGCGAGUCACUCACCCCAGCGAGGUUUACACUCACCAGAUAACUGCAAAUCACAUGCUUUGAAAUAACAAAAUCAUCCACUGUAGUGCUGGUUAGGGUUGCAAGUCACUCAAUGUGUAUACCA